AUGACUAUCGGAAAUGGUCUCUCGUGGAUCCCCUCCAACAAGGGAGGAUGUCAUCUCGUUCACGAAGGGUAUAAGUAUUCGAAGAAGACUCCGAAGUCGGCUCCGACUGGGACUACGUACUGGUACUGCACCAAUCGUGACUGCUCUGCUAGUCUCAUCGUGAGGGCUGAUCCUGACCAGGAUCUUUCGGUAGUGGCAAUUUCAAGGGGCAAGAAACCUCAUGUCUGCGGGGGCCCUACGGCAGCCGUCAGUAUGGUGCGGGAGACUCUUCGUAAGAAGGCUGCUGGUGUGAAGGCUCAUGUAGCGAUGCGACCCAUUUUUGACGAAGUUGUUGCCACAGCUCCUAAGAGGAUCAUAGAGCAGCUACCGCCGAUAAAGACCUGUUUGAACACGAUGCGAGUACAACGUAAGAAAGCAGAUCCUACUCCAACUGCUCCAGUAGCUAGAGACGGUUGGACCAUCCCUUCCAAGUAUAAGAAGGCCACUAUUGGAGGUGAGGAAUAUUGCACUUUAGCCUUUGAUUCUGGUUUGGCGGAUCCGGAUCGUCUCAUCUGCUAUUACAAUCCGGCGGUUUCGAAAGAGCUAAAUGCUUCGUGCUCCGAGUUUCACAUUUCUUUGGACGGAACCUUCGACUAUUGUGCUCAAAG